AUGUCUUCAAUUCGAUUAGUCGAACAUGCUGUACGGGAUAUUGGCUAUAAAGCUGGGCAGAUUGGUCGUCUGCGCAUUUGGAAGAUGACGCCGCACGGUGCCGCCGGGAUUCUUCUCGGGAUUCUCACAGUUAUUUGUGCCACAGUACGUUUGGAUUUUUCAAAGGUUUUUGAUUUUCUGGGUUAUUAUCUGAGACUGAGCCUUAGCAUUGGACUUAACCAUCGCCUUAGCAUGAGUAUGAGCAUAAACAUGAGCUUGAGUAUGAGCAUAAACAUGAGCUUGAGCAUGAGCAUGAACAUGUGCUUGAGCAUGAGCAGGAGCAGGAGCAAGAGCAUGAGCAUGAGCAUGAGCAUGAGCAUGAGCAUGAGCAUGAGCAUGAGCAUGAGCAUGAGACUUAGCCUUAACCUGAGCUUGAGCUGGAACCUGAGCCUAAACUUAGCCUUGUCCUUGGCCUUAACUUUACCUUUAGACUAAACCUGAGCCUAAGCUUGAGCGUUAGCCACAAACUGAGUUUAAGCCUGAGCCUAAACUCGAACUUGAGCAUUAGCCUUAAUUUGAACGUGAGUUUAAGAUUAAAGAAGUGCUUGAACCUCAGUCUGAGUAACUCUGAGCGUAAGCCUGAUCCCUAGCUCAACCCUCAGGCUUAGUCCUAGCCCUAGCUUCAUUAUAAGAGUGUAGAAUGCCAAAUAGACUUAAUAUACCUAAAUAAAGCCAAAAAAAAGCUAAUCCUUCAAUUUUCAGUUAACAGUACAAGGAUGUUCGGGAACAGACGCAUUUUGCAGGUUUUACAAUCAGUUAGACAUUAUGGACCAGGCCCUGAUCAAUGAACUAAUGGACGAUAUUCAGCACGCCAAGGCAGAGAAACGUAAGAAAAAUUAUUAUAGUGUUUAAAAUUUAAUAUUUACUUAAAUUUUUUUAAAAAAUUUCAAAAUUUUUUCGAAAUUAAAAUUUUUUUUUUUAAUUUUAAAAUUUAUUUUAAAAAUGCAAAAAAUGCAAUUUUUGGUUGAAAAGUUCUCGGAUUUUACUAAAAAAAGCUAAAUUUCUUUGAAUUGUUACCUAAAAUUUCAUUUUUUAAAAAUUUUUUGAAUUUCUUUGAAAUUUUUUAAAUUUCGAAAUUUUUUAAAAUUAAAAAAAAAUUUUUUAAAUCCUUCGAAUUUUUUCAAAAUCCCUACACCAUUCUAGGCGACUUCGGAAAAAAAAGGCAGUGAGCCAAAUUUCCUUCGGUUCGGAAAGCGAGCCGCGCCCUCGCCCAACUCGGCUGGUGCCAAUUUCCUGCGUUUCGGUGAGUCCGCCCCCGCCCCGACCAACAAUGCCAAAGUUUCAGGAAAGUCGGGCGCCGAUCCCAACUUUUUGCGGUUCGGCAAACGAGCCGCUGAAUUCAAAAUCGAUGGAACUGAGCCCAACUUCCUGAGGUUCGGCAAACGACCCGACCCUUCAGCCAUGAGCAACAACUUCUUGAGGUUCGGGAAGCGUGCCACCGCCUUGGAGAAGCUGGAUCGGGAAGCGCGACAAAGCAACAACUUUUUGAGGUUCGGAUAG